UUCCCGGACCGCCGAGGAAGAUCCUGAUCAAGGCCACCGGCAGCAACACUCUCAGUAUAUCUUGGGCACCCCCAGUGGAUCCCAUUUCCCCUGCCACCCCACUAACUCCCAGCCAAUCAAAUGACCUGCGGAACGUCUACUACAGCAUCGACAUUCAGCCAACCGAUUCCAAGGGAACGUGGCUGUCCGCCAGUGAAUCGACACCCAACAUCCUUCCAGUUAGGCAACAGGUGGCGGCUGAACAGGCCAUCGAGGAUGCCAGGGGUCAGAAGAGUUAUGUUCGCGAAAUCAGCAACCUCGCUCCCAAUACCUAUUACGUGGUUUCCGUGCGAGCCGUUACCCGCUCCGGGUCCGGGGAUCGAGCC